CGCUUUUCCAUCAACGUCGCAAACGCACCGACCUAUCUACUCUCCUACCGAAUAGUCGGGCCUAGUAAAACACAUUCCCACCGAAAGCGAAAAUGAGAUUAGAUCUCGCAGUCGUCGCGCUGACGCUGCUUGCGCCCGCGUGGGCCGCCGCCGUGGAACCCGGUCUCCACGGCUCCGACGUCGCAUUCCUCGCCCCCAAAUCCGAGCGCGACAACACCCAGCAGGACGAGAAGCUGUGGAAGCGCAAGGGCGGUGGCGGCGGCGGCGGCGGUCGCGGCGGAGGCUCUUCUUCAGGUGGCUCAAAAAGUGGUGGCAGCAGUAGUGGUGGUUCCAGCACCUCGAGAGGCGGUUCUCGCGAUAGCUCUGGCGGAUCGACAAGGACGGGAAGCGGCCCGGUCCCAGCAUACGGCGGUGGCAGAUACUAUGGCGGCGGCGCGACGGUCCCUUAUUCGGCCGGCGCAAGGAGGGGUAACAUGGUGCCGUUCCUGCUCGUCGGUGGUGCUCUGGCCUUCUGGCCCGGUCUCUGGCUGGGCGCGCACAUGUAUCCCUACAGCCACCCGUACCGGUACUAUAACGAGACGGCCCGCCAGAACCAGACGAAGCCGGUGCUGUGCGGUUGCCAAGAGUACCAGCCCUGCGGCUGCGACGAGAACAACAGCACCGAGUACAUGAACUCGCUCCUCGGUAACGGCAGCUACGCCGCGCUGAACAAGUCUGUCGUCAACAUUGGCGAGUACAACGGCAACGAGACCAUUCUCAUCAACGGCUCCCUGCCUAAUGGCACGACCGCUGCCGGCGGUUCCGACGAGGUUGGCUCCGCUGCCUUCCGUACCGCUGCGGAGACGCUCGGCUUCUGGCCCGUUGUUGUGGUUGUACUCGCUACCGUCUUCGCGGCAUAAUAGGCACCCGACGUUGGAUGUACGACCACGCCUUUGUACACUAAUGAUGGAUGGGUUUACAUGCAUAAGGGUCGGCUGUAUGACUUUUUUUUGAGUUUCUUGGAGUUUUAUUUUGGAAUGAUACCCUGCAAACGACGCUGGAAGAGCCCAAUGAUUAUGGGAAUUGGUCCAUCGCU